CACGGCUCCUGUAAAACCCCAAAUCCUCUCCUGGUACCUUCGCCCUUUCUAAAGCAGGGCCCCCACGGCUUCGUCGUGAACUCUACUUCAACAAGCCAUCCACCCAGCCAUCUACUAACUCCGAGCGCUUGUCACAACGUAUCACAGAGCUGCUUCAAGCGCUUCACAUGGCAACGGAGGUUGAAAAACCGCGAGCAUGGGGCUCACUGGCCCUGUCGGCGCGCGCCAGGAACCGGCCCUUUUCGUUGCGGACGCAGUUCAGGACCUUUACAACGGUUUCCACCAUUCUGGUCGGACGUACGGCGACGCCAUUCCUCGUCCAUCGGGAGGUACUCACACACCACUCGCCCUUCUUCGCUGCCGCACUCAACGGCACGUUUGCCGAAGGCCUGAGCCAGUCCGUCAGGUUGCCCGCCGAGGAUGUCUCGACCUUUGAGAUAUUUCUGCACUGGGCCUACACUGGGACGCUCGACGACGUGUUCCAGCGCCAGGGCAAGGUCGCAUUUUAUCUCCUGCUGAACCUGUACGGCCUAGCGGACCGCCUGACCGUGGAGCGCCUGCGGAACCAGACCGUUGACAAGGUCGCCGAGCUGGCCGAGAAAAGCAACAGCGUCCUCACGCCCAGCGACACUUUCACGCUCUACGAGGAAAUCCGCGACACGGCCCUGCUGCGCAAACUCGUGCUUGACCUCUUCGCAUUCAAGAAGACCGACGUCCUGCUGGCCAGCCACCCAGACGAGUGGCACCCACAGUUCCUGCGCGAGCUCAUCGUGCGAGUCAAGCGCCCGGAUCUUCAGGGCAUGAGUCGCCACAGCCUUGACCCUUGGAAGCCGGCCAGCUGGAACCUGACCCGUGCGUGCUGGGUCUGCCGCGAUGUAAUCCAGCCAGGACUUAGUGGCAACAAGUGCGAGUCUUGCGGCUACGUCUUUUGCAACACUUGCGUGAAUGCGGGAAAGGCAUUGUGUGGGGAUGAUGCAGCAAAAUUGGCCAGCUGCAAGCCUUGGAUGAGAAACAUGUGCAAGCAUUACCAUGAGCAUAUGGAGACGGCGCCGUGUGCUGCGAAGUAACUUGCAUCCCUGGCGACCACCAAGAUUGAUUGAUGUUUCAGUGUAGAUAUACCCCCCCCCCC